AUAAUAAGGAAGUAAUCAAUUUAUACAUUGAAGACAGACAGGAUACUCUGGAGUUGGAUGGGCGACGAAGUUGAAAUCGAGACUCUUGAUGAGGUCGUGACCUUCAUUCUCAAUGACCUCAAGCAACAGUAUCACACUGAUCUCCUGACAUUGAGAGACCAAGAGAAUCAAUACUACGAGAUCGACCAGAUAGUGGAAUUCAAGAGACCUCACACUUUCAUCACAAUACCGUAGAGACACGAUGUGAAGACUUUGGCCAAGAAUGAAGUCAGGGGAAAUCGUAACAUAUACUCCAUUAAAAAUGACACCAUUCUAUUGUAGAAAUAUAAGGAGACAUGCAAAGUGGAGACUGUGAAUUACAGACUUGAGGAUAUCAAAAAGGCGAAUAAAAAAUAUGUAGACACCUUAGUAGGCAUUUUCGACGAAAUGGUUAUCCAGCCAAAAAAACGCAACUCUUUGAAGAAUGAAGUGCCCUCGCCUAUUCAAUUUCAAGACCAACCUGAAUCUCCGAAAUUCGGGUAUUCUCCUAAGAAUAGUGUCUCCCCUAGUUGGAUCCAAAGGAAAUCUCUAAGCGAUAGUAGCAAGAAAAAUGAUUUAAAGUAAUGUACAAUUGACGAGGUGGCCAAACAUAACACCAUUAAUUCAGCAUGGAUUGUCAUCAACUCCAAAGUGUAUGAUGUUACUAAAUACUUGAAUAAACAUCCUGGAGGCAAAGAAGAACUAAUGAAGGGUGUAGGAACUGAUGGCACUGCCUUAUUCAUGUAAAAUCAUCCUUGGGUCAAUGCUCAUUAUUUGUUAGAACAGUUUCAAGUUGGAUUUCUAAUCAACCAUAAAUGA